UGGUUUUCAUUCACAAAGUAAAACAAAUUGGUGGCUUUCAAUUUUAUUUUUUUCCCAACUUGUUCAAACUUCCAUUUAAUUCUUGUUUUGUGCCACAAGAAUGACUUUUCAUCACCAUGAAAGGCUAAGACUUCUCAUCACCAUGAAAGGCUAAGCCCUUAAGUAAGCUAGCUAGUAAUAUAAAUACACCGUACACACACAUAAAUGUUAACUUCCAUUAGUAACCAAUUAAGUUAAAUUCACUUAUAUUUUUAUUCUAAAGUUUGAUCAUCAAUCAUGAGUAACUUUACUGAAGAACAAGAAGCUUUGGUAGUCAAAUCAUGGGAGUCCAUGAAGAAGGAUGCUGGUGAAUGGGGUCUCAAAUUCUUUCUCAAGAUAUUUGAGAUAGCACCAUCAGCAAAAAAGAUGUUCUCAUUCCUCAAAGAUUCAAAUGUGCCAUUGGAUCAAAAUCCUAAGCUCAAGAUUCAUGCUAAAUCUGUCCUUGUCAUGACUUGUGAAGCAGCAGUUCAACUAAGAAAAGCUGGAAAGGUUGUGGUGAGAGACUCCACUCUCAAAAAAUUAGGUGCUACACACUUCAAGUAUGGUGUGGUUGAUGAACACUUUGAGGUAACCAAAUAUGCCUUGUUGGAGACAAUCAAAGAAGCAAGUCCAGAAAUAUGGAGUGUUGAGAUGAAGAAUGCAUGGGGAGAGGCCUUUGAUCAAUUGGUUAGCGCUAUCAAGACUGAGAUGAAGUAGGAUUAUGGAUUGUCCUCUUUAUUUCCACGAGAUAGAAAUAAAAUCUGCAUACAUUAUAUUUUUUUUUCAUUUCCACGAGAUAGGAAUAAAAUUUGUAUACAUUAUAUUUUUUUUUUCAUUUCCACGAGAUAGGAAUAAAAUCUGCAUACAUUAUAUUUUUUUCAUACCCCAAUUGCGAGAUUAAGUGAACAUGUUGUUGUUUGUUCUGGAGAGGUUUGGUGUAUGAAUUUAACUUCUAAUACAUGUAUCAAAGGAAUUAAUUUGGAAUGAAGGAUGUUGGUUAAUUAA